GCAGAAGAAGCCGCAAAACGUUACAGCAGCCGCUGCUUGGAGAGCAGAGGGAGCGUCGGAACUUCAGUGUGCACGAGGCCAGAUUCAAAAUGGGAGGCAAGCUCAGCAAAAAGAAGAAGGGGUACAACGUAAACGAUGACAAGGCCAAAGACAAGGACGCCAAAGCAGAGGGGGCCUCUGCCGAGGAGAGCGAAGCACCGAAAGACAACAAAGACGAGGCCCCGGCCGCCACCGAUGCUAAAGAGGUAGCAAACGACACGGCGGCCAAGGAGGCGCCGGCAGCAGACGCUGCAGCGCCUAAAGAGGAGGAGAAGAACGCAGCUCCCGCCGCAAAGGAGCCCGAGAAGCCCGCCGCCAACGCUGAGCCGAAGACUGAGGCACCCAAGAGUGCAGAGCCCGCCAAGGCCGAGGAGAAACCAGCUGCUCCGGCCCCGGCCAAAGAAUCGGCCCCUGCCGCCAAGGAGCCCGAGGCUAAGGCCGCGGCGCCGACCCCGGCGGCUGAGAGCAAAGAUGAGGCCGACGCCAAAAAGACUGAGGCCCCCGCGGCACCAGCAGCCAAAGCCGAGGCGGCCCCCGCCGCCUCCCCUGACCCCAAGCCCACAGAGGCGGCGGCUCCCGCGCCGGCGAAGGAGGCCGCCGCAGCGCCUAGUUCAACACCAGCCGCCGAGCCUCCCGCCAAGGAGGCGAACGCCACAGAGGCACCAAGCAAGGAUCAAACCGUAGCAGUUCAAGAUUAAUGGACAGCUUCUUUUCGGAAAUGAAAAAAAAAAGUACCUAACUCAACGACGACGAAGAUUAAAAAACGAAAAUGAAAUUAACUAGCCCACCCAUAUUCUGACGAUAACAAUAAUAAUAAUAAUUGUAAUGAUGACAAUUUGUUGAAUGAGGAGGACCGGAGCAACCACCUGGAGAAGUUUCCCACCGCUGCAAAUGAUUAUUGCUAUUAUUAUUGUUAUGUUUUAUUUUUUUCUGCUGUAGUAUUUGAACUUUGAUACGAGUCUGUGUCGACCACACGCGCCAUUCCACAUCCAUCGCCCCCCUCCCUCAUACGGUCAAGAGGUUUAACCCAUCUCAGCCCACAGAAGGCCUGCGUUCAUACAUUCACCUGCACCCUCUGCUCUGUGGAUGUCAGGAUAUCAAAAUCUGGGGAGCAGGGCUGAGGGAAGGCGGGGGGGGGGCGGGGUUAAAAAUCACUUUACCAGCUGGACCACUGAAUCUGUCCACUCCUCAGCUCUCCCCCUUCCUCCCAUCCUCCUCCUCAGAGUGUCGUGUUCUCGGCUUCGGCCCGGUACUUGCAGUUUUUCGGUGCCGUGGAAUUGUGGUUCUGUCCUUUUUGAACCCGUCCUCCCCCCUGCCAUUUCGGUACCCUUGGGUUGUGUUGUUACCCAUUUUCCUGCAACCCAGGAAGUCUUAACAGGGGGAGUUUAAAUUUAUGGUCAGGCCUGAGAGUGUUCAGGCUUUCUAAGACAUUUGGGAGGUUGAAAACGGUCGACUUUGCAGCGCAAAACACAUCUUAGACGUAUAAAAGAGUCGUAGGAAUUUUUCAGAUAAACUUCUAGAUUUUGUACUGAAACCCUUAGGUAUAUUGUAAGUCAACUAAGUGGUUUUUUAACAUUUGUAAUACGCUUAUAAAAUCUGCAAAGCCUCGCUAUAAAGAUCUCCUCAGUGUCCUCAGAAAGUCUGAUGGAACUCUCUGAUCCUCCGUCUAAAUCUACUUUUAUUUUCAAAGACAUAUCAGCUGCUGAGCCGGGAGAAACAGGCUGCACAGUCACCUUCCCACAGACUGUUUGACCUCGCUUGGAAAAACAAGCCGGUGACAUUCUCUGCAUCAUCGGGACGGGUCAGAUAGCGUUGGUUCAGCUGCGUCCCUCCUAAGAACGCAGAUUAAAGCUGCUCUCUCUUUGCAUUUUGUGGACGCUGUCGUGCACCACGAGGCAGACAAAAGUCCUAAAAUUCCACUUAGAUCAAAUCAUUUUAAAGUGUUAUGUGCCUACAAUCUUCUGUCUGUGUGUGUUUGCAGAUUGUGGAGUUUGGCUGGAAUUUUAAGAUCAGGAAUAGCGAUGUUGUCAACAAUGCGAACUACAAACAUGGAGGAAUGUGCUGCAGUAGAAUAAUACUGAUAAAAAUGACAUAAAAGUUUUAAUUAAACACUCCUCAGCCAUUUGAAAUUGGCCCAGAGAAGCUGUGAUUACAGCAGGAACAUCAUGAUGAGUCUGUCCUGUGGGGGGGGGGGGGGUGUCACCGGUUUGGUAUCUAAGCAGGUGAAAACAGGCCACAUGAGAUCAGGUACAGGUGCUGUUUGGUCCAGGUCUGUCUUCGUGCACCUGUGAAGCUCUGUGACUCCCAGCAGGCUGAUCCCUACCCACUCGAUCUACUAUGGUCCAUGUUUCUGCGGCAACCGUACGCCACGCUAUGGGAUGGAAAAGCCUUGCACAUGAAAAGGGAGCUUCUGAUUUCAUCAUCGUCACCCCUCAUUUCCCUUUACUUUUCAGAAAUAUAUAUUGCAUAUAUGUUCAUGUAUGCAGCGGUGGAAGAAUAUGCACUUACACCUUUUACUCAAGUAAAAGUAUCAGUGUUACUGUAGAAGAAUACUCCAUGGCAGCGAAGUCCUGCGUUGUGAUUUUUAAUUCAGUAAAAAGCGAAGAAGAAAGUUUAUAUCUCUAGUUUUCAGGAUUGUCAUGCUUCAGGAUCAGAGGGAAGGAAGGAAGAAAGGAAGGAAGGAAGGAAGGAUGAAAGGAAGGAAGGAGGGAUGGACUUAGUAAAAACUACUUAAACAUCCAAUGCUUAAGUAGAAUUAGUGAAGAAGAAACUUUGCAUCUCCAGUUUUGGUGAUUUUCAUGCUUUUAUAUGAGCUGAAAAAUGAAAAGAAGGACAGAAGUAAUGACGGAUUGAAAGACAGCAUGAAGGAAGUAAAGAAGUAAAAAGAAAGGAAAGGAAUAAGGAAGGACUGAAGGACAAGAAACAUCAGAGAUAUUUAUAGUAUCUCAAAAGCUGACAGAUAAAUAUAAUUAAAUAUUAAAUCAAUUUCCUCUGACAUGUAUUGAACUCGACUCUUGAGUGUUUUCCCAAAAUAGAAAGUCAAGUAAGAAACCAGCACCCCGAAAAUUGUACUUCACUACAGGACUUGAGUAAAUGUACUUUCAUAAUCUCCACCUUUGCUAUAUAUAUAUAUAUAUAUAUAUAUAUAUAUAUAUAUAUAUAUUUACUCAUGUCAGCCAUCUAUUUGCCAGCUUUUCAGUUUCAUCCAGCUGACACACAACGUUUUCCUCCCAGCACUUGUCAAACCGUAGCAGAAACAAACACUCGAGGAGCGUCGUGUGCCACUUGGUUCAGUUUUCCUUCCUCUCUUGACUCAGUAAAUUGCAUGUCCGUGGUUGGGUGAACCUGUAGUCCUGUCUUUUUGGUCAAGUGGAAAAAAAUAAUUUCUCAGUCUGCAUCCAUGGCAACUACAGUUGAUAUUUUCAUCCCAUGUCUCACCACUGCUAUUUCCACACCACACGUUCAUCCAAAACAAACAAAAAGAUGAUAUGGAAAUUGAUGCAUUCAAAAUUAUAUGUACUUGUAUAAAUGGUGCAACAGUAAUAAAAUGUAAGAAAUUGACUGAAACUUGA